GCCCCUCCCUUUUGUGCUGAAGGAACGAACAUGGAGACAGCUGGGAAAGUCAUCAAGUGCAAGGCAGCUGUUGCCUGGGAAGCCGGCAAGCCUCUCUCCAUUGAAGAGGUGGAGGUAGCCCCACCUAAGGCCCAUGAAGUUCGCAUCAAGAUCUUCGCCACAGGGGUGUGUCACACAGAUGCCUACACUCUGAGCGGCAGUGACCCCGAGGGUCUCUUCCCCGUCAUCCUGGGCCACGAGGGCGCUGGAAAAGUCGAGAGCGUUGGUGAGGGUGUGACCAAGUUCAAGCAAGGUGAUACUGUUGUCCCGUUGUAUGUGCCUCAGUGUGGUGAAUGCAAAUUCUGCAAGAACCCCAAGACCAACCUUUGCCAGAAAAUAAGAGUCACCCAGGGCCAGGGCCUGCUUCCUGAUGGCACCUCACGCUUCACUUGCAAGGGAAAGCAAGUGUUUCACUUCAUGGGGACCAGCACCUUCUCGGAGUACACUGUGGUGGCCGACAUCUCUCUGGCCAAGGUGAACGACAAGGCUCCCAUGGAUAGAGUGUGCCUUCUUGGAUGUGGCAUUUCUACAGGUUAUGGUGCUGCUCUCAACACUGCCAAGGUUGAGCCUGGCUCCACGUGUGCUGUAUUUGGCCUCGGAGCUGUCGGCCUGGCUGUUAUUAUGGGCUGUAAGGUCGCUGGGGCAACCAGGAUCAUUGGUGUGGACAUCAACCCUUCAAAGUUUGAGAAAGCCAAGGAGUUUGGAGCCACUGAGUUUGUGAACCCCAAGGACAGCAGCAAGCCCGUCCAGGAGGUGUUGGUGGAGAUGACCGACGGGGGGGUGGACUACUCUUUCGAGUGCAUUGGAAAUGUGCAAAUCAUGAGGGCUGCUCUGGAGGCAUGCCACAAAGGAUGGGGUGAGAGUAUCAUCAUUGGUGUUGCCGGGGCUGGACAGGAGAUUUCAACCAGACCCUUCCAGCUGGUGACCGGCCGAGUGUGGAAGGGCACUGCCUUUGGAGGAUGGAAGAGUGUGGAGAGCGUUCCUAAACUGGUGGAUGACUACAUGAAUAAAAAGCUGAAGGUGGAUGAGUUUGUGACCCAUACCCUGCCCUUUGAGAAGAUCAAUGAGGGAUUUGACCUCAUGCAUGCUGGGAAGAGUAUCCGCACAGUGCUGACCUUCUGAAGUGCCAAAAAAAUAUAGACAUCCUUCACAUUGGCCUUUAAACAAUCUCAUUUCAUAGUUGCAGCACUUGAUGUCUUUUGCACUUGUUUAGAUGACAACAUUUCAGUAUUAGAAUGUCAUUUUUAGUAACAGCAUAAUCAUGUUUGAAACAAAAUGGUUAUUAAACAUUUUUUGAAAAAUAA